GCUAUGACCGUGUCGUAGUUCGCAAUCACUCUCUCUGACUCCGCCAUUGUGAGCUUUUCCGGCGAUGGAAAACUCCGACUCUCCGGCGCAGAAGCCACCGAAUUUUGAAAAGUUCGCGCACGGGUGUGACCAUUAUCGGAGACGCUGCAAGAUUCGAGCCCCUUGCUGCGAUCAGAUCUUCGGCUGUAGACAUUGCCACAACGAAGCCACCAGCUCUCUGAGUAAUCCGAAGGAUCGGCAUGAGAUUGUGAGGCAGGAUGUGAAGCAGGUGGUGUGCUCCAUUUGCGACACUGAGCAAGAGGUUGCUCAGCUUUGCGCAAACUGCGGUGUGCAGAUGGGAGAGUAUUACUGCGAUAUCUGCAAGUUCUUUGAUGAUGAUACCAUGAAAGAACAAUUUCAUUGCAAUGAGUGCGGAAUUUGUAGAGUCGGUGGACGUGACAAUUUUUUCCAUUGUCAGAAAUGUGGAUCUUGCUAUGGAGUGGAUCUACGCGGUAAUCACAAUUGUAUAGAAAAUUCCAUGAAGAGCCAGUGCCCUGUCUGUUACGAGUAUCUCUUUGACUCGGUUAAAAGAACGCAGAUAAUGAACUGUGGGCACACGAUGCAUAUGGAUUGCUUCAUUGGGAUGCAGUCACAGAAUCAGUCUCGUUGUCCCCUUUGCUCCAAGACAAUGGUCAACAUGAGUGGUUACUGGAGUCUGUUGGAUGCAGAGAUCGCAACUACUCCCAUGCCUGAAGAGUACCUGUAUGAGGUUACUAUCCUCUGCAAUGAUUGUGUUGAAACAUGCAAUGUGUUUUUUCACAUUCUGGGGAACAAGUGCACCCACUGCGGUUCAUUUAACACCCUCAGAGUUUCAGGUGGUCGUCAACAUUGACAUUCAAUUGGUUAGAAAAGUGAGUGAACACAGGUUGUGCAGUUAUCUUUUGAAGCUUUUGACUAUGUUUGUGUUUUGUCUAGAAUAGUCCCCAUGUCCAACCUCUUGUUGUUGUAUGCCGAGUAUAUCAAAGAAUUACAGCUACUAGUUGUUAUGGUUCAUCUAUUUCAUAUCAAAUCAUUGGUUCAUUGUUGAAGUGACACUAGAAUUUAGUUAGUGUGUAAGCUGAGUCAGGUUUCUCAUUUCAUGUUCAUCCAUUUCAUCUUCUGCACAAGUUGAACACCUUGUUCGGAAGUUUUUUAAUGACAUAAUGAUGAGUUAUCUAUAUGCUCAUGAAGUGGUGCAAGAACCAGUAUUCUCUGUAACAAGUCGGCAGUUGUCAUGUUUUCCCUGUGGUGUCAUUCUUUACAUGUGAUGUUUUU